CACUGCUGCUGCUGCUGGCGCUGCUGGGCGGCGGCGGUGCGCUGCUGCGCAGCCGCUGCCUGACGCUCACCUUCAGCGUGCUGAGUGGUCUGCUGACGCUGCUGACGCUGCUGACGGCCGUGGGCGCGCUGCUGGUCACGGGACCGCUGGCCGGCCGGCUGGAGGCUGCGCUCAUCCGCUCCCUGGCAGACUAUGGCAGCCACGCCGACGUCACGCGCGCCUGGGACAUGCUGCAGAGUGGCUUCCGCUGCUGCGGCGUCGUCAGCGGCUUCGACUGGGCACGGAACAACUCGCUGACGACGGUCGUGCCCUGGAGCUGCUGCCGCCGGCUGCCGAACGGCACGAGCGAGGCGUGCGAGGCAGCACCCACCAACGCCGACUCGUACUACAGUGUGGGCUGCCUGGCGGCGGCGCGACACCUGCUGACGGCCGAGGGCUGGCUGCUGGGCGGCAUCGCCAUCGCCAUCACUGUGAUCCUCGUCGUCUCCAGCGUCGCCGGUUGUUGCUUCGCCAGGACCAAACGGACACAAAUAUACAGCAAGGUGUGGAGCCGAUGAUGGCAAACAGUGGCCGAUCUGCGCAGCAUUUGCAGUGCAAGCGGUGGGCGACUUGCGCGGCGGUUCGGUUGCAGUGCAAGUAAUGGGCGACUUGCGCGGCGGUUGCAGUGCAAGCAGUGCGUGACCUGCGCGGUGGUUCCGUCGCUGUGCAAGCAGUGGGCGGCUUGCGCGGCGGUUGCAGUGCAAGCAGUGGGCGACUUGCGCGGCGGUUGCAGCGCAAGCAGUGCGUGACUUGCGCGGUGGUUGCAAUGCAAGCAGUGGGCGACUUGCGCGGCGGCCGCAGUGCAAGCAGUGGGCGGCCCAGGGGAACGCUGCGAUGGUGUGCUAGGUUUCUACUGUAGUUGCAUAAUUAGCAGAGCCUUUCGGCCAGUAACGUACUUCUGCGAUGUGACACACGUGCCGGUAAGCUGUUAGUGUUACGGAGACACUGUUCUAGUUAUUUUAAUGUUUCACGCACCGUUUAUUGGGAUGCGAUCGUAGAAUACGGCAGGUUUUCGUCGUCGUACUUGAAGUUGUUUUCAUCGCUGAUGUUACAAGUUAUGUUAUAUGCUGAUGUUACUGUCACAAGAUCAGUUCCACUUCUCAGCUUCAAACGUCCCGCUUCCCAUGCUCGUGGCAAGAUAAGAGCUUACGAGGCACUCUGUAUUGUAACGUGCAGCGCACAAUUGAGACCUGGCACCACUUCUGUGCGACCUCUAUCGACAUGACGUGCUGCACUCGCCUGCGACACCAUCCAGCGCAGCACAGUCGCGCGCGACACAUUAACACUGAUCGCAGGGGCAGCACGGAAAGACCAGCAUCCGGCCGCUCCAGCGGACCGUGCCGUGUCCUGUGUCCCGUGUCCCGGACGCAGUCAGU